GAGAGAGAGAGAGAGAGAGCGAAAGAGAGAGAGAGCCUGUGUGUUACAGAGAAGGAAGAUAUUGUGUGUGUGUGGCCAAGGAAAAGGCAGGGUGUGUACGAGUGAGAGAGGAUAGAAGCAAAAGGUUUGAGAAAGACUAGUUUACUAGAGGGAGAAGUGUGAGCAAGAGGAAUAAAGGUUACAAAAAAAUAGGAAUACAGAAAGUGAGAGGGAGUGAGGGACAGAAACAAAAGUCAUAGCAGCUGCUUCUCACCAGAACUGAGCCAAAGGGAACAGGAGAGUUUCUGCGCCAUGGGCAAAUCAGCUUCUAAGCAGUUUUCGGAGGAGGUGUUGCGGAGUCAUAACGAGUAUCGUAGGAAGCACCAGGCGCCCCCUCUGAAGCUGAGCAGCAAGCUGAGUAGAGAUGCCACUAGGUAUGCUGAGUCUCUGGCCAGCACACGGAUCCUGAAGCACAGUGUUGAGUCCAGUAGGGGGAGCUGUGGCGAGAACCUGGCCUGGGCCUCCUAUGACCAACCAGGGAAGGAUGUGGCCGACCGCUGGUAUGACGAGGUACAACAAUACAACUUCAACCGCCCCGGCUUCUCCUCUGGCACAGGUCAUUUCACAGCAAUGGUGUGGAAGGGCAGUAAGAAGCUGGGUGUGGGGAAGGCCAGUGCGCCAGAUGGCUCGUCAUUCGUGGUAGCCAGGUACUUUCCAGCAGGGAACAUCACCAACCAGGGACACUUUGACAACAACGUCCUGCCGCCCAAGGACUAAGGAACAUAUUGACCCAUCACCCCCAUCCCCCAGGAGCUGACCAUCCAAAAGACAUUUGCACUUUGACUUGUGUCCUUGACUUUAUAUACAGUGGCAAGAAAAAGUAUGUGAACCCGUCAGAAUUACCUGGAUUUCUGCAUAAAUUGGUAGCACUGUUGUUACUCUCCCUAGGAGUGGUCAUCCUGCAAAGAUGACUGCAAGAGCACAGCGCAGAACACUCAACGAGGUUAAGAACAAUCCUAGAAUGUCAGCUAAAGACAUACAUAAAUCUCUGUAACAUGAUAACAUCUCUGUUAACGAGUCUACGAUAGUAAAACACUAAACAAGAAUGGUGUUCAUGGGAGAACACCACGGAAGAAGCCACUGCUGUCCAAAAAAACAUUGCUGCACAUCUGAAGUUCGCAGAAGUGCACCUGGAUGUUCCACAGCGCUACUGGCAGAACAUUCUGUGGACAGAUGAAACUACAGUUGAGUUGUUUGGAAGGAACACACAACACUAUGUGUGGAGAAAAAAAGGCACAGCACACCAACAUCAAAACCUCAUCCCAACUGUAAAGUAUGGUGGAGGGAGCAUCAUGGUUCGGGGCUGCUUUGCUGCCUCAGGGCCUGGACAGCUUGCUAUCAGCGACGGAAAAAUGAAGUCCCUAGUUUAUCAAGACAUAUUGCAGGAGAAUGUUAGGCUAUCUGUCCGCCAAUUGAAGCUCAACAGAAGUUGGGUGAUGCAACAGGACAACGACCCAAAACACAGAUGUAUAUCAACAACAGAAUGGCUUCAACAGAAGAAAAUACGCCUUCUGGAGUGGCCCAGUCAGAGUCCUGACCAGUGGCGGUUCUAGACCAUUUCAACUGGGGGGGCCAAGCUGGGGCCAGUUGUACUGUUAGAGGGGCCAGUUACAUUAGACGUUAUUGCUGUCAUAUUGUUUUCUUCACUGCAUUACAGGCAUUAGCAGGCAAAAUACCAUGUUCAUAAUCAUUAGUGUUCCGCGUUGCCACUGUCUAAUAACAGAUGUUAAAAAAGAACGAUAGCAAAAAUGUGUUAUGUAAAAAUUAUUUCAUACUCCACAUUUAGGGGGGCCACAAGGGGGUCCAAAAUUGUUGUCACAAGGGCACUACCCCCCCCCCCCCCCCUAGUGGUCUUGACCUCAACCCGAUUGAGAUGCUGUGGCAUGACCUCGAGAGCAGUUCACACCAGACAUCCCAAGAAUAUUGUUGAACUGAAACAGUUUUGUAAAAAGGAAUGGUCCAAAAUUCCUCCUGACCGUUGUGCAGGUCUGAUCCGCAACUACAGAAAACGUUUGGUUGAGGUUAUUGCUGCCAAAGGAGGGUCAACCAGUUAUUAAAUCCAAGGGUUCACAUACUUUUCCCACCCUGCACUGUGAAUGUUUACACGGUGUGUUCAAUAAAGACAUGAAAAU